CGGGAAACGACUAAGCGCGAGGAGCGUGCGCGCUCACGUUGCGGCGACGGUGGCGGCGAGCGGCGUCAGAGCUUGGAGGGGGGGGCUGACGUUUUCCGGCGGGUGGCGGUGUUGGAGACGAGAGCUUGCUUAGCCGGUAUCGCUUCUCUCCCAGGAACCCGACGGAGCGUGAGGGAGCGAGGGUCGCUUUGGGGGGCUGCUGCCUUCCACGUACGCGUCGUCUUGAGGAACGCAGCCCGGACUCUCCUGCAGCCCCUCCGGCUCCUUUUCCGCACGCCUUGAGGCAGCGGCGGCAACCAAGACAGCGUCUCACCUCCCCCAACCCCUUCCCCCUGCCCCCUCCCCCCCGCCCGAGAGGGCCCGGUCUGCGCCCCACCCCGGCCCGUCCGCCCGCUACGCCGCCGCCAUGUCGGCGCAGGCCCAGAUGCGCGCGAUGCUGGACCAGUUGAUGGGCACCUCCCGGGACGGGCCCUGGUGGUGGCAACCGCCUGUGUGCCACUGAAAAUCGUGCCGAUGCCUGGCAUACUGCAUAAAUGGAAGCAGGGUACCGCGUGAGUUGAAACAUUGGUCACACUACAUAAAGUUUGUAUAUGUGAAUCAGUGUAACUCAUACCCAUGUAACUGGGGGUCUGACUGUAUUUGGAUUUUUCUGAUAAGGCAUCAUGGGCUAAAGAAAAGAGCACUGGGCUGAGACUCAGGAGACCUGGUUUCUAGCCCCAGCUGUACCUCUAAUUGUAACGUUGGGUAAGUCACUUAACCUUUUUUGCCUCACGUUAACUCUAUAAUUUGUUAAAUGAGAAGCCAAAUAAUUUCUUAUGUUAUCCUUAAAAAUGUUGAAAAAUAAGUAUAAAGUUUCUUGGAAGGAACCAUAAGUAGAUAUAAAUUAGUAUUUUUCUCUGAAGGGUAAGGUACAUUAAAUUUUAUAGAUACUUUCAUUUUAGUUGUUAGCAUUAAUAGAUGGGAGCGGAAGGGAUAAUCCCCCCCCCCCCCCCACGUAUUCCAUUUGAAAGCAGGGAGGAGCAACAGGAAAAGACUAGCAGCAGUUGAGCUGAAUUGUCUUUGUGAUGGUUGGGGCAACCUAGAGUCCUCACAUACACUAUGGUCAUUUUUGUUGAGUUGGUUUAAUUGGAAGAGUAUCCCUUAACUAAAGAAAGCCCUUUUGCCAACAAGUACUAUUUGGUUGAGAAGUCUCUGGUCCUUACCCCAGGGAGGCCUUGCAAGGUUUGAGGGAUAGGAAUUAAAGUUGAGGGUAUGAAUUUAGAUUACAUCCUAAGUUUUGCAGCUAGGGAAGUUAGAGAAGGUAGUUUUGAGGAUUCCAUACCAUUCCUUUAAAUGGGAGCAGAGGGAGUUCCCGUCGUGGCACAGUGGUCAACGAAUCCGACUAGGAACCAUGAGGUUGCGGGUUCGGUCCCUGCCCUUGCUCAGUGGGUUAAGGAUCUGGCGUUGCCGUGAGCUGUGGUGUAGGUUGCAGACGCGGCUUGGAUCCUACGUUGCUGUGGCUCUGGCGUAGGCCGGUGGCUACAGCUCCGAUUAGACCCCUAGCCUGGGAACCUCCAUAUGCCUCGGGAGCGGCCCAAGAAAUAGCUAAAAAAGACAAAAUAAAUAAAUAAAUAAAUAAAUGGGAGCAAAGGCCAUCUCUGAAAAGUUAAAACAGGCCAGAAAUGGCACUUGCCCUUAAAAAUAACCUGUAGGCUAUAGAAUAGAGUUAAUUGUCCCUUACAGUUAGGGAAUGUUUAGGGCAAGUGAAAACUUUCAGAUAAUAUUAGCUAUUUUUGAUGAUAAUCUUUCUAAACAUACAAUGUACUUCCUCAGUUAUCAAGUACGUUCAUCGUAAUUUAAGAUUUUUUACUGAUCAGUUAAAUUCUAUGGCAGUUGUAGUUUGUGGGAUGUGAAAUUAGAAGGAUAUGCAUCCUAGGAGAUAACCAGGAAAAUACAAUUCAUAAAGUCAUUUACUUGUCCCUAACACAAGUUUAGUGAUAUAUAACUGUUGAACCUAUAGACAGUAUGACAUUGCUGCCUUUCUGCAAAAUAAAUUAUUGAAUCAGUGGUUGAAAUAUUGUUUUCUUCAGUGGAUUUUCUUCAUAAAAUCAUCUUUAUUGUAAUCUGUGUUUCUUGACUUGUCAUCAACAUUGAGAGCAUUUUCUUUUCGUUUUCUCUCAUAAACUUAAUGAGCCACAUCUAUUUCUUGGUCAGUUGUAAGUCAUUCUUCUAUUCUGCUUGGAUUGUUCAUUUUAAGUGAAGGAGGCAUAGCCUUUAAUGUUCAGGCAAACAUUUAAAAAAAUAAUGAUGGAGUAUAUCUAAUUGUAGAGCUGAUAAAUUCUCUAACAUGAUAAAUUCCAGCAAACAAGGUUAAGUAGUUAAACGGGAGAUUAAACAGUUUUAGUAAAUACUUGAUUUUAUCUGAGGUCUAGGUAUAUCAAUACACUGAAACCACAUAGUGGGAGUUCUCUUGUGAUGCAGUGGAUUGAGGAUCAGGCGUUGUCACUGCAGGGUCUUGGGUUGCUGCUGUGGCACAAGUUUGUUCCCUGGUGAGGGAACUUCCACAUGGCAUGGGCAUGGCCAAAAAAGCCAAAAGAAAAAAAAAACAAAAAAAAACAAACAAAACCCAACCACAUAAUCCUUUAAAAAAGUUAUGUGAACUCUGAGUAAUAAUUCUAUUUACACAGCAGUCCAGAAAACAGUAAUAAUAACUCCUACAACUCUGCAUUAUCCUUGGGUUCUCUGCAGUUGUUUAGCUCUCCUGGAGGAAACCUGAGCUUCUCAGGCAUUCUUUUACUUCAGAUAAAAAAUAAAUUGAAACCAAAGAAAAAUCAUUUUGUCUAUCAUUUCAUAAGCUCUAUAAGCAGCAAGUAAAUAUUUUGGUUUGGUUUGGGUAAGUUGUCACAAAAGGAUAAGUGGUAGUGAGCUACAGGUUCAAGAUGGGUAACAGGAAGUCCGGGGCAAGUAGAUGUCACGAUGAGGUAAGGUUUCCAGAGUGUUCAGUAUCAGGUGCUUCAUAUAAACAUUAAAGCUUGAAGUUGCUAAGAGUUCAGGUGAGUUUGGGGUUGCACAGGGCUUAGAACAGUAAGGGCUGAGCAACACUAGGAACAUGAGGCAAAUGCUUCUCUAGAGUGGAAUUCCAGAAUGGUGCUUGAAAUGGACUGAAUCUUAAAAGUCUGCGGCUGUUAGUAUAUUCCUUGAGGACACACAUAUGUGGUUGUAUUCUUCAGCUUAAUUAGUCUACAGUCUUACAGAUUCACUACCUGCAAAAAAAAGUCCAUCUUUUCCUUUUCGAUUUAAAUUUUCACACACCAGCAGCUGCUAGGAUAGAAAUUAGAAGGCAAGGCCAGAAUAGAUCAAUUGAUCAGUUUUGUAAGAUGACUGAGGAUAUAGAGAAAAGUAGUUUGUAAAAACUCUGGAAUUGGCUCUAGCUUUGUGUUUUUGUUUUAACUGAGUAACUUAGGAAUUUGAAAAGUCAAAGCCAUCAGAAGGUGACCUGUAGCUCAGUCAACUGAAAAAAGUUAUAUUUUGGUAUUUAACCUGGGCUGGAGAAAGGAGUCUUUAAAACUUUUUUUCUUAAAAAACACUCACUAGAUAUUGAUCCUUAUGUUCUAGUUUAGUUGUGAACCAUGUGCAAUGAUAUUUGACCUUUGUGAUUCAACGUGAAAAGAAUUUAACCAGCGGCCCUUGCUGAGUCUUUUGUCAUGUCUCCUAAAUGCAUGGUAAAUUGUUUUUAUCUUCUUGAGACCUCAGUUUUCUUUUUAGACAUUAGUUUUCACUUUCAGAGUUCAAUUUUCCAAAGCUUUGCCUCUGAAUGAAAUCGGUUGGAUAUUUAUUGGAUAGAUAUCCAAGUGUGUACACUUAGCUGUUCAGCUGCUUCUAUAUUCUGUCCUGCUAUUAAGCUACACAGUAUACUCUUUUUAGUACUUGAGGUAUGUUUUAGAUCAGCAUGGCACUAUGUCCCACUUGCUUUUUGUAAAUAAAGUUUUGUUGAAGCACAGUCUUGCCCAUUUGUGUACAUACUGUCUGUGUGUGCUUUGCCUUACAACAGCAGAGUUGGGUGGUUGCAACAGAGAUAGAUAGCUGGCAAGCUUAAAAUAUUUGCUGUCUGGUCCUUUAAGAAGAGUCUUGUUGGCAUUUAUUCUAGAUCAGUGUUUCUCACAAGUGUGGUACCCAGAUCAGAAACCUUAGGAUCACCUGGAACUUCUUAGAAACACAUUCUUGGACCCACUCCAGACUUACCAAAUCAGAAGGUCUGGGGGUGGGAGCCAGCAGUCUGUGUUUUAAGAAGCCUUCCAUGUGACUCCGAUCAAAUUAAAAGUUUGAGAAACCCUGUUCUGGAUAAAUGUUUCCCAAGUGUUAGUCACAUAUAUCACCUUUACUCCUUUUAAAUAUUUGUUUAAUAUUUUUUCUUUGUCAGUUCACUUUGUGAAAAUUUAGCUGAUUUUAAAAUGAAGGUUUAUGUCCCCACAAAAACACAGUGAAAACUACAUGAUGUUAUAAGAGAUAACUAGACUCUUGUCACUUAUCUUGUGCUAAAAAUUAGAACUUUAGAUGUGUUGAUUAAAAUGCAUACUAAGUGCAAAGUGGAAACUUUUUUCUUGACUUAAUCAUAAUAAUCACCACUAAGUGCUUGAGUAGUAUUUAAAAUGUCAUGUUGUUGAAAUCAGAACGUCUAAAAUGAGUUUUUGUACAAAUCUCAUAUUUUUGGAAAUACUGUUCUAGUUAUUCAUGUGAAAGGAAUAUAUGCUCGAAAUGUAUAUACCCAAGCCCCUAGGUAGAAAUAACUUCUCCUUAGAAAUAGACAGAAAUGCACACCUGUGAGAGGAAGAGAUCUAGACGUCCCUAGGGAAGUCCACCUUGAUUUCUAGGAAGAAGCUACCUAUUUAGCUUGAUCUUACCUCUCCAUUAAUGUUUUGGUCCGUGUGGUCAGCUGCACUUCUGCAGGAUUUCACCACACAGCAGGAGUGUGAAAAGGUGCUGGCUUUGGGAAAAGCUUCUUAUCGGAAGAAAACCCCUGGACUAGAAACUGGGGGGCCUGGGGCGGGGGGGAGUGUGGUGAUUCUACAUUAUGGACAGGGGACUGAACAGGGCGUGCUUCCUAAGAAAACAGUUGAUUUCACCUCAGAUUUUAGAAGCCAUGUAUUUGUAUUUUAAGAAAUUCUGGUAUGAAAAUAAGUCAGAUGAUUUGAUUUGCCUCCUAGUGUUGGAGUACUUCCCCAGACAUGGUGUUCUAACACUAGGUGAUGUGUUUUAGGGUAUAGUAAUGGUUGGUAGGAAUAGAACCUGAAUAUCUGUAGGUUGCUGAGUUGCUUCAGUUGUUUCUUUCCUUUUCUUAGAAGUUGUGAACGUAAUUUGCUUCUAUAGUCUUUUGACUCUGGAAUAGAGUAGUGAAAUAGGACUCUAAUCCUGAAGGAAGCGAAAGUCUGGGGAGGAGUGAAGAUUUACACAUGAAUAGUUAGGUUUAUUUUUAAGUGAUUCUGGGUAUUGAUUGCAGGUCAGUGUCUAAUUUUGAAAAAAGUUUAAAAAAUGUAAGACGAUCAAAAACCUGUAUGAGUGAACAAAUGUUAUUUUGUGUGUUUCCCUGGAAUUAAAAAAAAAGCAUCGCAAAUGAAGUCCACUAUGUUCCCUUUCACAGUUUUCAGUUCUUUCCCUAAAGGCAGUUCCUGUGAAUGUGUCACAGUAUUUCUGCUGCAUUGUUUCAGUAGUUGUAAGGCUCAGUCUCCUUCAUGGUAAUCUUUUUCAUUUUAACUUCUGUUAUCAUUGAGUUGUCUUGUCACCUUUGUCCUUUGAUAUUUUCUCAUUUCUUUUCCCUUUUUAUUUCUUCAUUGGUUUUAGAUUUGGGGAGGCUCUGCUUAGGUUUUAUAGCAGUCACCAACCAGUGAGAACUUAUCUCUUUAAUAGACCGAUCAACCAAUUACUUUUUCUUGGUUCUUUUCAGCUAUUUCUUCAUAGCCAGAGAUAGCUAUCAUUAAGUCUAAUUUUGUGUAUAGAAAGUUCUGAAUGAUAGAAGGCACCUGAUAUCCAGAGAAUGAGUGUUAUGGUAUCAGAGUAGCAGCUCUGCAAGUAACAAAAUUACAAAAAUACAAAAUUAGCAGCCCGCAACUUUUUAGUGACUGACUUUCCUUUAUGACCUAUACCAUAAAACAAAUUCUAUAUCAUCCAGUUUUAGGAAUAUAUUUGUGGGUAACUAUUUUCAGGCUUUUCUAAUGUAUGUCCUAAAUCUAAGAGGAGAAACAUGUUGAUUUCUUUUUUUUUUAUUACUCAAAUGAAUUUAUCACAUAUGUAGUUGUAUAAUGAUCAUAACAAUCUGAUUUCACAGGAUUUCCAUCCCACAGCCCAGGCACAUCCCCCCACCCCCCAAACUGUCUCCUCUGGAGACCAUAAGUUUUUCAAUGUCUGUGAGUCAGCAUCUGUUCUGCAAAGAAGUUCCGUCUGUCCUUUUUUCAGAUUCCACAGAAACAUGUUGAUUUCUUAAAGCAUAUAUCCUCCCACAACCCCUGCCCCCAGCAGAAAUGUGAUGGUAUUGACCCCCUGCCAGUCUCCAAGACUCUGUGUAAUGGGAGAAGAUAGCGUGUGGCAAGGAGUGGAACAGAGCCCUUGGAAUGCAGCUACUUUAGUAUUUCUCUUCACACAUUUCCCACUUUUCCUUCACCAUUGUUAGCUCUUAAACACUCUGUAAGCUUUUUUCCUGCUACCAAGACUGUUUUCCAGUCUCAUUCCAUAAUAUAUAUAUGUAUAUAUAUGUGUGUGUGUAUAUAUAUAUAUAUAUAUAUAUAUAUAUAUAAAAUUUUUUCUGGCUUUUUAGGGCCGCACCUGCAGCAUAUGGAAGUUCUCAGGCUAGGGGUCCAAUCGGAGCUGCAGCUGCUGGCCUAUGUCGCAGCCAUAGCAACAUUAGAUCCGAGCGGUGUCUGCGACAUAUACCACAACUCACAGCAACACUAGAUCCAUAACUCACUGAGUGAGGUCAGGGAUCAAACCCACAUCCUCAUGUAUAGUAGUCAGCUUCAUUACCACUGAGCCACAAUGGGAACUCCUCAUUCCUUAUAAUUUUUUAUAUGGAGUUUCUAGACGAAUAGGCUGGUAGAUUUUAAAAGUGUUUAAUGCUAUUAAUCCUUGAUCAUCAUACGCAGCAAGAUUGAACUUGUUCUAGAAAUUUCUUCUACAGUGGGCAUUGCAGUUUUAAAAUGUUGGGCUCAUGGGAAUUGUGGUGAAGGUACCUAUUUGUAAUGCUAAAUCUAUAGGGCCAUAUGAAAGAAUUAAGGAUAGCCUUUAGGUCACCUUAUUUUUGCAUUUUCUGGGGCAAAGGAAAGCCUCUAUACUAUUCAGUAUGAUUUUUAUAAAUUUGGUUAAAAGUGACUUGAUAAUAGAUUUAGAAGGGAGAAUGCCUUAGUUUUUCCCACUGCCAUCUUUGGCUGAAUAUUUUUUUCUUUGUUUUCCUUAUGUAUUAAAUAGACUCCUGAAAAGUUUGAUGUGUAUCAAGUCAUAAUAAAUGUUUUUAAAGCGUCAGUAAUCAUAUUAUGUUAAGACAUGGUAGUGAGUCUUUGCAUAAAAUGAACUCUAUAAACUUUGAUUUGUAUAAAUAUACAGUGAAUUAAACUGAGUUUAUUAACAAGGUAACAUGGAGUAAUUUGUUUUUCUUUUAAGGUUAAUUACAAAGGGUUCUUAUAGGUGAGCUUUAGGCUGAAUUCGGAAGGAACAACAAAGGUAGGUGGGAGAAGUUAGUGGAGUUGGUGAGACUAUUGGAGGAGGAUGUAAAAGUGAUCAAAUUGUUUCUUUAAUAGUUACUGCGCAGGAGUUCCCGUCGUGGCGCAGUGGUUAACGAAUCCGACUAGGAACCGUGAGGUUGCGGGUUCGAUCCCUGCCCUUGCUCAGUGGGUUAACGAUCCGGCGUUGCCGUGAGCUGGGGUGUAGGUUGCAGACGCGGCUCGGAUCCCGCGUUGCUGUGGCUCUGGCGUAGGCCGGUGGCUACAGCUCCGAUUCAACCCCUAGCCUGGGAACCUCCAUAUGCCGCGGGAGCGGCCCAAGAAAUAGCAAAAAAAAGACAAAAAAAAAUAGUUACUGUGCAGCAGAACCUUUUCCUUGGUUCAUGUGAAGACAUUAGGAGUUUGCUUUUCCACAUGAAGACAUGUUUGCUAGCACAGAGCAGGCCUCUUCCUGCUCUGUACUAGACUGGAAUUUGGUCUUUAUGUAGUUCCCACAUUAUUAUGUGGAUUCAUGGCUUCUAUUAGAAGGAAUGGUAAUAAGAAGGUAGAAUAGGUGAGGAUUUGAGGGGACAGGCAAAUGAGAAGCUACCUCUCUUUCUAACUCUGGCUUUCCUUUUACUGAAUGGGAAUGGAAUUUAUUUCAGAGGGACUGUGCCUACCCUGUCCCAAGCCAGCAGUGACAUGUGUACCCUAACAAGUAUAUACCUGUGGGGGGGGGGGGCUUUGGUUGUCACAUUGGAGAAGGUGGGGGAACUUUCCCUCUCUUGGCCCCAUUUAUAAACUAGGGGAUGCUUCCAUUUGCUUUGUGUGCUGUUGAGUUUUCUCCUCUGUUUUCUCUAAGCUAAGUCUUAACUAAGCUAAUUCUGUACAAAAGAAAUACUAAUUAGUUGUUUUUAUAAAUUGCUUGCCAUUAAUGCCUGAUAAAAUGCAGUAAAAUAGGAUUCUGCAUACCAUUAUGUAUGUCAAAUAUUACAAACUUUAAGGUUCUUUUGAAAUUAUAAUACUAAACUCAGUUCACUUUUGCUUAGCCUUCACAGUUGUUGAUCACAUAGCAUGGUCAUCCACUCACAGCUUAAAAAAAUACAGGGAGCAUCGGAGAGAAUGGGUUCAAUGUAUCUUUGCCUGCCUACUUCAAUCUGCAAGGGAGUGUCAGAAAGGCCCCGCAUUCGCCGAGCCGUGAGUUAUCACUAACUUUUCAGAUGUGUUAAUGAAUGUGGAACAAAAGCAGUUGUGUUUAAAAGGAACAAAGGACCAUCAAAAUAACCGUUAUCAUAGUAGCAGGCGUGAACUCUAAAUGAAUUAUUCCAAAUUGUGGUGUCAAAAAUUAUCUACUUUAACUAGAGACUAGCCUCUAGAAAACCUAUUGUUGAACUGCUGUGAAGCUAUCGUUUUAGCUAUAAAUUACUGUUCUUAAAAUUUUAUAAACCUUGGUUGCAAAUUUUAAUCUUUUUGACCAAGUUAAAACAAUCUGAACAAAAUCUUACCCCAUCUAAAAAUGACAGUAUUUAGUUGACUUUGAGCAAGCUCUUCAAAAUAAGGCCGUGUGAAAGGGGUAAAGUUUUAACCUUUUUGUUAUUCACAUGUAAAAAAAAGUUAUUUUAAAUAAUUGAGUCACUUCCUAGAUGAAAGUUUUUCAAGUGCCCCAGGCAUCAUGUGAAGCACAGUAGUAUUUACAAUCUGUUUUGGUACCAAAAUCUCUUGCUUCAGUAAUUCACCAGUAGGUUUUCACUCAUCAAUGAUGCUGUCAUUUUAAGGCUAAAACAAAACACCUUCAUUUCCCAGGGCUUAUUCUCAUUCUACUUAGAGGAAACAUUCUUACGAGUUUUUUUCCCCAAGGAGAUUCUAAGGGAAAAAAUUGUAACAUCUAUAUUUUGUUAUUAUAGAUGGUUACCCUUCUUUUUCUUAGAUUUUUUUAAAGUUUUGAGUAGAUAGGCAUAGUUGAUUAGCAAGGUGGAUGUAUCUGUUGCUUAGGGGGUGUAUUGUGUUAAAUGAAGACAGAAUGAAUUUAAAUGUACCCAGUUUGGCCACACAUAGCACAGACUACAUAGAACUUGGAGAUAUGGGACCUUUGGAGGCAUUAAAGUUAACAUUUCAUUUAGGCAAUGUGCCUUUGUUUCACUGGUGUGUAAGUCCUUCUUCCAGGUUUGUACACUCUUAAACACGUUAUUCUACCCUCUCUAACUCCUCCCAGCAGCAAAAGGGAGACACUGCAGCUGGAACAAAAUAGUGGAAGAAAUGGCGUCUGGGGUUCAGUGGGGAUUCGCAGUGUGUAUGCAAUGUUUGCAAGAUUUUUUUUAUGUUUUUCAAUUAAUGUAAAUAAUUACAAAAUAAAUCAGUGCUAAGUGUCAAGUAGGGAACAUGGUAUACCAAUAGAAACUCUCCUAGUGGGUCUGCUGCAAGUCAAUUAACCUCUCGGGGCCUCAGUUUCCUCAUCUGAAGUAUGAAGGGUUUGGACCUGAUAACCUUUAAGGUCCAUUCCUGCUCUAAAUCCUAUGCUUUUCUGAAGUACUCUGUUUAACAGAAUGCAUUACUUUCCCACUUUGACUAUUUGAAUUACAUAUGCAGUACACAUACUGCAACUGCAUGUUGUCUAAAAUAGUUUUUCUGUAGGAUAUUACAUAAAAAACUAACCCUUCUUAAGCUGAUUUAUAAAUGUGUGUGUGUAUAGCCACACAUGAAAAGCUAGUGUUAAUAGGGAAUCUCAGAAAAUAAGUACUUUCCAGUUGUCUAACCUUGAAUGUUAUUAACUUUCCUAUAUUACAGGAGAUACUACUCGUCAGCGUAUCAAAUUCAGUGAUGACAGAGUGUGCAAGAGUCACCUUCUCAACUGUUGCCCCCAUGAUGUCCUGUCUGGAACUAGAAUGGAUCUUGGCGAAUGUCUGAAAGUCCAUGACCUGGCUUUACGAGCAGAUUAUGAAAUUGCAUCAAAAGAACAAGAUUUUUUCUUUGAACUUGAUGCUAUGGAUCAUCUGCAGUCAUUCAUUGCAGACUGUGAUCGAAGAACAGAAGUGGCUAAGAAAAGAUUAGCAGAAACUCAAGAAGAGAUUAGUGCUGAAGUUGCAGCAAAGGCAGAACGUGUUCAUGAGUUAAAUGAAGAAAUUGGUAAAUUGUUGGCUAAGGUGGAACAACUAGGAGCUGAAGGGAACGUGGAGGAAUCCCAGAAAGUAAUGGAUGAAGUAGAGAAAGCCCGGGCAAAGAAAAGAGAAGCAGAGGAAGUUUAUCGGAAUUCUAUGCCAGCUUCCAGUUUCCAACAGCAGAAACUUCGAGUCUGUGAAGUCUGCUCUGCCUAUUUAGGUCUUCAUGACAAUGACAGACGACUGGCCGAUCACUUUGGGGGUAAACUACACCUGGGAUUUAUUGAAAUAAGAGAGAAGCUUGAAGAAUUAAAGAGAGUUGUAGCUGAGAAGCAAGAGAAAAGAAACCAGGAACGCCUGAAAAGAAGAGAAGAAAGGGAGAGAGAAGAAAGGGAGAAGCUGAGGAGGUCUCGAUCCCAUAGCAAGAAUCCCAAAAGAUCCCGGUCCAGAGAGCAUCGCAGACAUCGAUCUCGUUCCAUGUCACGGGAACGGAAAAGGAGAACUCGAUCCAAAUCCCGGGAGAAACGCCAUCGUCACAGAUCCCGCUCCAGCAGUCGUAGUCGCAGCCGCAGCCACCAGAGAAGUGGGCACAGUUCUAGAGACAGGAGCAGAGAGCGAUCCAGGAGGAGAUCCUCAAAAGAAAGAUUCAGAGACCAAGACUUAGCGUCACGUGACAGAGACAGGAAUUCAAGAGACAGAUCACCUCGUGACAGAGAUCGAAAAGAUAAGAAGCGGUCCUAUGAGAGCGCUAAUGGCAGAUCAGAAGACAGGAGGAGCUCUGAAGAGCGCGAAGCAGGGGAGAUAUAAUUAGCUGUGUACAUGUCCUCAAUCCUUAAGCUUCCUCUGGAGUUGCGUACUAUCGUUUAGUUUACAGCUGUUCCAGGGUGACACAGUGAGCAGUUCCAGACACCAGUCCAGCUAGGCUAGGUGUACAGUAGCCAACUUGAUCUGAACUUUUCUUUGAUGAAGCCUAAAACUACAUCCAUACUUUCUGGUGAACCUAUAAUAUACUUCUGAAAGUACAGUUUUAUAUAAUAAGACACCGGUGUCUUUAUUCUUUCUAGUAGGAGUGAUAGUGAAUGAAUUGUGUUACUUGCGCCUUGGUAUUUUUUGAACAUUUGUAAAGUGCUGUCUUCCUUUCUAGUCCAAACAACAGCGACUUUGGGAAUUUUUUUUAAUCUUUCUUUCUCUGACUCUGUAUCCCCUGAUACCUCUACCCUCUAAUUAUAAGAGAAGGAGGUGCAGGGAAGCAAUAUAACUUUUGUUUCUGAGGUUCUAUUCCCAUUAUUAAUGAUUAGCUGAUUACAGUUCAAAAUAUUUCUAUUGCAUUGUGUGCUGGAGAAAUUUAAAAUACUGGGAGUUUUGUUUGUCUAAUGGUGCCUAUUUUAGAGUUGGAAGUUGAACAGCUGUUGCAUUACAUCGCUUUUUUAUGGAAAAUCUGAAAUCAGAAAUGUCUUGAUUUCUCUGUUCUAUUGAAUUGCUACUACAUUCAGGAUGUUCUGAGAAGGGGGGUGGCGGGGCAGGGACUCUUUCAUAAAAGCACUUCUUGUUUUGUGUGUGGAGUAUAAAGACUACACCCUUAUUGUAAAAAAUAAAAUGAAAGACUCACCACCACCAUCAUUAAACUGUAACUUGUCUAGUAAGUUGUCACUAGAGCUAUUGGCUGUGGCCAUUUCUAUUCUGUUAUAUCAUUAAAUAGUGCCUUACUGUGCAAGGCACCAAAGGAAAUAAAUAUAUACUUACAAAGAUUCAAGAUGAACUGUUACUCCACCUGGGCCCUUGCUGACUUGACUGUCUUUAGCCACUGCUGUAGAGAAGGACCAGACCUGCAGAAGGAAAUUGGGUUUCCACUUGUUUUGUUUUUCUUCUCAUUCAGCAAACGGAAAUAAAAAUAUGGUAUGCCCGAUGCAAUCAGACUAACAGUUUGUGCAUUGAAAAGCUACACACCCACUCAUGAUUUAAACAGUAGAUAACUUGGGAUUCUAGAAAAGCUGAGAAAAAUACAUUAAGCAAUGUCAUAAGGGUCUGUGAGUAUAGUUAACGAGAUCGCUGCAAGAACUUGCUGUUUUUGGUCCCCUAACAAAUUUGAUGCGACAGGAAUAUGGGCCUCAGAAGUCAUUCUGAGUGACACCAGAUUUACAUCUUAAAGGCACAUUCCUCAAGUUGACAGUGUACCAAGUUGUGCCUCCCUAAAGGUUUCCUGCCAGAGAGGGGUCCAUACAUUUCAGUUCGUACAGAGUUGUACCUGAGACCCAUCUGUGUCAGUGUCCCAUUCCCUUUUACUUUUGGUUCCUUAGACAUGGCUUUGUACUUACUUACUUCCUAGUCGUGUGUGCCGUUCUAUUAAAUCUCGACAAGCGUGUUUGUUAGCCUCGGUCGUCAGGGUGUGGAUUGAGAUCGAAAGGUUUAAGCUGGUGGCUGUGAGGAAGACUCCUCAGCCUGACCUGUGAUAAAGAGAUGCGGACAGUUAGCAGUCUCCGUGACGGAAAAAUGUUUUAGCAUUAUUUUUGUGUAACUGGAACAAUACAGACAUUGAUAUGGUUAGGUAGAAAAACAAGUAGUAGGAGUUGUUCCUACUGCUGGGAUCUGUAGGAUACAGGCUGCCUUGCCACGAACCAACAGGUCAGCACCAGCCCGUGAGGGCCAUCGUCACCCAGGCCUGGCACCAUGGGGUGUCGCCCCAGCUGCACCUCCUUAACUCUCAUCCCGUUUGAAAACAUCCUUUUAGAAGAUCUAUGGCUUAGAUCUAAUAUUUGGACUUUGGAGUAAAUCUACAUUUUUGAUAAUCAUCCUUAACCACUCUGAAAUAGGAAAACCCUAAAAUUUCUGUCAUACUAGUACUUGUGUCUGGUACUUUUGUAUUCUCUGCAGUAGAAAGUUUAGUCACAUUUGCAAGAACACUGGAUCCCUGGGAAUGUCACAGGAAGUGUUUUCCUUCCGUAAGACCUUGUUUUACUGUCAUAAAGCAUCUCUCCCAAAGCUGCUUUGCUGACCUGCAUCAGUACGAACGGAGAGGGAAGAACCCUCCAUCUGUAGGGAGGCUUUUUUUUUUUCCCAAAAAGGCUUCCUUACCUUUCCAAUGAGAAAUUAAAGCAGGAGUCCCUGGUGGCUCACAGGUUAAUGAUCUGGUGUGGUCACUGCCGGUGGCUCUGGUCACUACUCUGGUGCAGCUUCAAGCCCUGGUCCAGGAACUUUUGUGUGCUGUUGGUAUGGCCUAGAAAAGAAAAGUUAAACCUUAGCUGUAGGGUUGACUUAUUAAGCCCCCUGGUUUUUUUUCUCCAAUUUUAAGACUCUACUUUCAUAUAAUAUUUAAUAACAUUAGCCCUUUGAGCCAGAGCCCAGCAUGCAUUGCAGUUUUGUCAUUCAUUGUAGUAGUGUGUCAUUCAAAAGGAUAAUUUUAGGAAAUGGCUCAACUCCAUUACAUAGGUUCUUAUAAAUGUUGAUUACAGUUUAAAAUCAGAAGUACUUAAAGGGUUUAACAUUGCCACCCAAGUAAGUGCUACGUAGCUUUUUUAAAAGUACACAUUUAAAAAUUUUUUUUGGCUGUGCCCACAGUGUAUGGAAGUUCCUGGGCCAGGGAUUGAAUCCCAGCAGUAGCUGUGGCAAUGCCAGGUCCUUAACCCACUGUGCCGGGCCAGGGAUCAAACCCAUGCUGCUGCAGAGACAAAGCCAGAUCCUUAACCCCUGAGGCCGCAGCAGGAACUGCAAAAAGUAUGCAUACUUAAGGCGGAUUUUCACCUAAGUCCUGGUGUAGCUAUAUGGAUUAUUAAGCCAUUGAGACAGGUCCCUCAAUUGGUACUUAGCUGCCACCCUAAGCUUUCUGAGUGCCUUCACCUCCGCCCAGAGAUCCUCCUCACAUCUCAGGCUAAGGUUUGGCACAGCUGUAAGUCUUCAGAACUUUGCUCUUGAUCAAGUACAAUAUGCUAUAUUGAUAUUUUGGGGAAGAAAAUCUAUUUUUUCCUAUUUGGAAAAAGCUGUUUAUUAUAUUAUUAUACUGUAACUAUUGGUAUUUAGAUUUUCCCAGGAUAUAAAUAAAGCAAUGCAAAGUUGUUUUCUCUUCCAUUACCUGUUCCACUUUGAAAAAAAGUCUCAGUCUCAUCAGGGGUAAGAAAGGCAAGAGAGGGCUAAGAGCAGGGGUCCAAUGGCAGAGGCUGACUGAGGGACCAGGCAUGUGGGCUACUAGUACAUUGGUGCUGGGGCUGCAGGUGAGCAGGCCUUUGUGGGUUGUGGGGGCAGCAGAUGUUUCUGAACUGUGAAGAACUGCUUGUGUGUUCUCUGGGUACCAACAGAAAGUAGGAUGUCAGAGGUUUGAGGUGUACAGGCACACCUAGAGUCUGACCAGCAAGGGAGGGUUUAAACUAAAAGUAAGGCAUUCAGCCCUCAUUGCUGGGCUCUCAGUUGAGGAUCCAGCAAGGUGAAGCAAUAUAGGAAGUGCCAGCACCAGUGGCUGCUGAUAUGCUUUCAGAAGGAGGCUCCUAGGGUCCCAGAUGCAGUGCACUUGUGUGUCUAGAUACCGCUGUUUGCUUCUAACAAAAGAUUCAACUCAAAUGGCCUCACACAAGCAAGGGUCUCUUGGCUCACAUGUUGCAUGUGACAGCUGCAUUCUCAGGUUAGCACUAAGCCAGCGAUCCAGACAGAAACUGUCACCAAGCUGGGUUCAUCUUGCCUAACACGCAGCAAACCAAAUGCUGAGACUGCAAGGUUUGAGGCAGAGAGUGAGGAGACUGGAGAACAGUCUCAAACCUGCCUCCCUGUAGGCGAGGGGCUCAGGGAAUCUAUGGGAUGAAGAAUAAAGAGGCAGGGCGGUGGGAUCAGAUCAAAAUGGCAGAGGAGUAGGAUGGGGAGCUCACUUCUCUCACAGAUACAUCUUUUUUUAAAAAAAAAAAAAA